UGAUUGCAAGAAUGCCGUUCCGGACGAUGCCCGCAUCCGUCGUGUAAGGAAGUAUUUUUGAACGCAUAAUUUGGUCAAAAAGUGAUUUCCCGGCUGGAAUUAUGUUAACCCAGUAGUGAAUAACCGAAUGGAGUGGAGUGCAGUGAAAGAAACUGGACACAGACGAACGGCGAAAGCAUCGAAUGUUUUGUGAGGAAAGGGAGCUACGAGUUGGGCGAAAGUAUGGCCAGCAUUUUUGUCUUCAAUGAACAACUCUAAGUAUCGGAUAACAUAAGCUACCGCCGCGGACGUAGUAGGAAAUACUUAUUUCUACUAAAGUGGAGUGUAGCAGCAAAGCAAUGGAACCAAAAGUGCCAGAUUUGUACGAGUUCUUGGCAGAAGCCGAAUUACAGCAGUACUACAACUCUCUGAAGAAUGAACUGAAAAUAACGAAUGUUACCCAUCUGAAGUACGCCACUGAUGAAGAUUUGCGCCAGGUGAGCGGACUUUCGCGGCCGGAAAUCAGACGCUUACGAAAGUACUACGAGAAAUACUAUCCGCACGGUUAUCUGAACAAAAUUCGCCGCCUGCUGCAACCGCCGAGGAAGGACGAGAACAAUGCCAGCAAUCCGACGUCUAGCAUCGAGCCGAUCAAAACGUGCCCGUCGCCAGGCAAGAUACCGAACAACAAGCAUAUCAUACCGCCCGAUGCCAUUUGCGUGAACAAACAGCUCGGCACCGGGGAGUUUGGCAUCGUGCAGCAGGGCGUCUGGACAAACGGCUCGGAGCGGAUACAGGUGGCCAUCAAAUGCUUGUGCCGGGAGCGUAUGCAGUCGAAUCCGAUGGAGUUCCUCAAAGAGGCUGCCAUGAUGCACUCGAUCGAGCACGAAAACAUUGUCCGCCUGUAUGGCGUCGUGCUCGAUACGGAAUCGUUGAUGCUGGUCACAGAGCUGGCACACUUGCGAUCGCUGCUCGAAUGUCUCAAGGAUCCGGGGCUGCGGGUAAGCUUCCUAACCGUGCCGACGCUGUGCGAGUUUACCUCUCAGAUUUGCAACGGUAUGAUGUAUCUGGAGACCAAGCGAUUCAUUCACCGGGAUCUGGCCGCCCGCAAUAUACUGGUGUUCAGCAAGAACAAAGUGAAAAUUUCCGACUUUGGUCUAUCGCGAGCACUCGGCGUCGGGAAGGACUACUACCAGACAAACUUUAACGUCAACCUCAAGCUGCCGAUCGCCUGGUGUGCCCCGGAAUGUAUCAACUUCCUUCGCUUCACGCAUGCCUCGGACGUUUGGGCGUACGGCGUUUGCCUGUGGGAAAUAUUUUCCUACGGGUUUCAACCGUGGGCCGCCCUCACCGGGCACCAGAUUCUAGAAGCCAUCGAUGAACCGCACUACCAGCGCCUGGAGAAACCGGAAUGCUGCCCAAAGGAGUACUACGGCUUGAUGCUGAAAUGUUGGCAGCACGAUGCCGCCAAGCGACCCAAGUUUAACGAGAUAUUCCUGAUGCUACCGGACAUGAAGCCGGAGCAGCUGAAGACAAUCGUUUCGUUCAAUGAGCCCAAGAAGGACUACUUGGUGUAUCGCCAGGGAGAAAUCAUCACCGUGCUGGAUAAGAACAAUAACUCACCCUACUGGAAGGGCGUACUCAACUCGGGCAAAACUGGACUGUUCAAUCCGGCCAAUACGGUCGCCUACCUGGACAGCCUGCCAUCGUCGGUGAACCGGGACAGCUUUUGCCGGACGGCGGAAAGAUCCAGCAAGCGCAAAAUACGUACUGACAUGAUAUCCCGCCCUCAGAAUGAUCUCAAACAUACCGGCCACGUCGGUAUUGAUGGUGUGUCGUUCGGGGACGUCGCCUUUCUUUCAAGUCCUCAAAACCUUCCACGUCAAAUCGUUACACCGUACAAGCCUUCGGAAGAUUUGGAACAAACGCCGCUACUGCUUCCCCCUACACCGACCAGCCCGGACUCGAUCCAAACGGCAAGUGGAUACUUCUCCGAAACACUCCAGCUGGCCGCACACCAAUCGUUCAUCAAUGCAGGAGAAAGCCAUCAUCAUGGCAGUAUCAUAGAUCAUGCAACCAACAACACCACCGUCGAUGGGAUGGCGUCGUCGGUGAAUGCGUUUGACUUUCGCAACAGCGGUUUCAAGGACUCGAAUCCGUUCAUCAAUGCGGAAGACACGGGAGAUGCUGCUGCGUACAAUAAUGAUAUUGUAACAAAGGCCGACGGUGGACAGAAUCAACAUGAAUAUCACGAAAUUUCCGAUGACGAUAUGGUCACCGAGAAGGUGUUCGAUCAGGGUCCAUCUCUGAUGGACGAAAUGGAGCAUGUGUUCAAGUCGAUGAGCACGAUUUCGGAACAGGCUGUCCCGCUGUCCCCGGAUGCCGAAAACACCAACAUGCGCAACGAGCUUACCGAACUGACGACGAAGCUAAGUCGAAAGAACAGUUCCUCCACCAGCUCCGGAACACUCGGCAAUAAAAGUGGAAGCAAAUCGAAAUUGAAGAAGACGAGCACCGUGAAACCCAUCUCCGGCAAAGAUGAAAAGCUGCUCAAUCAAGUGAUUGAAAUGGCGAACGAAAUCAGUGCCAAAUCCAUGACCGACCUGGUAUCGGAUGCAAACCAACAAACGUCAAGCCCGAAGCGAAAGUUUAGCUUCCGCUUCCCGCACAUCCACAACGUCGUCGGUGGUGGCGAAGGACUGCGCGGAGCCUCGAACGGGAGCAUGGGUGGAAAUCAAUCGCACUCGUCCGGCGUGAACCUGAGUGCCGGGGGGUCGUCUCAUGUCGGGCGCGGAUCGAGCCAGGACCACAAAGACCACACGGCGUUGUCGUCGUCCUGCCACCCGCAUCACCCGCACAGCUCCAACACGCUGGUCAAUUCGUACCGCGAGAAGCGCAACUUUUCCCAGGAAGUAAACAACGUGCCGGAUUUACAGCGCUAUCGUUCGUUGACGGGAAUUGAAAGCUACCAGAACAGCGACAUUCGCAUACCGCUGUUUGACAAGGAAACGUCGGACUUUUGCUUCAAAAAGUCGCGCGAGCUACUGAGCAAACCGGCCCCAUUCCGGCUGGCCGAUAUAUCCACCACGACGACUGCUGCGACGGCGAGUCUGGUGAGCGGCAGCAAAACGCUCGACAAAAAGACGCGCGAUCUGAUCGGCGAGAACCUGCUCGACAUCGAGAAAACGCUGAACGCGCUGAACCUGGACUUUCUGCAGACAUACCACGAGCUUGAGAAGGCCGACUCGGCGGAGACGCUCUUUGCCGAGUGCUACUCGUCGAUGAUGUGCUCGUCGGCGUCGCCCUACCAGAAGAGUCCCCCGUCCGGCUCGUUGAUGCGCAACUCGUCGAUCGAUUCGUCCAACUCGCGCAUCAACAGUGCGCUGAGCGAGAAAGGCUCUUCGGGUUCGUCGUCGCUGACGGGCAAAAGUCCGCCCUCGAAGGCGCUGGGACGCUUCAGCUCGACCGAGCUGAACGGCGGGACGUCGCCGAAGCCAUCGCAGUACGGCAUACGGGACUUUAAGUUUCGGUCGUUCGAUGCGCGCACGAAGGAACGCUCCGAUUACUACAACUUCAAGAACGAAUACCUCUCGGAGCUGACGCGCAAGCAGCAGAGCCAGGUGCUCGGCUCGGCCUCGGUGUUGCAGCAGAAGGCGGCCGCAGCGACCGGUGGCAGCAGCAGCCAGCAGCAACAGCAGCACACAAUCAAUCAGCUCUACCAGAUCUACAACACGCCCAUGCAGGGCCGAAAGUUUGAAGAUCUGAUGCCGACGACGCCGACCACUGCGCUGCCAACCGCGUCGUCCUCCUCCGCUUCUUCCGUACGCCAGCGGUCCCUUUCCUUUACGGAAAAUUACGACCUGAGGCCAACCGGAGCCGCCGCCUCUGCGGGGCCGAUUGCAGGGAAUGGGCGAACCGAGUCCCAGCAGCAGCUACCCAUCACGGCCCGUCACGUGAUCACCUACAAGCCAAAGAGCAUUCGAGCGAGAAACUUGCGCCGGUUAAGCUACAAUCCGAUCAACAUGAUCGACAGCUCGUCGUCGAGCAGCGAGAGCGAGCUGGAGCGCAAUCUGGCCCAUUCGGAGUGCGACAUACGCUCACGGUUGCACCACACAAACGCCGCGAAUGUCGGUACGUCCCGGCAUCGGCGGCGCCAUCAGUAUAUCAACCGGAAGUCAAACAGCAACAGCGCCAGCAGCCAGGAUAAGCUUUACGGCUCGAACGCGAGUAUCAAGAGUGCUCCGCAGUAUAACUAUCAUAGCGAUCGGCAACACAACAACAACAACAACAACAAUAACGACGAUGAUGACGAUGACGAGGACGAAAGUAUCUACGACUUUGGCAUCGUACCACCAGCCGCCAGUUCCCUAGUUGGGGAAGCGCCAUCCGAACGCACGACCCCCUACCCAAACAAGAACCUCGAGCGGGACUAUCUUUACUCCGAAUUCGACGUUUCAAAGCUGACGGGCAAGAGUCCAACAACGCAGAGCUAUUUCCCGACGGCCGUUGCCGCUGGCAACACACAGCAGCCACAGCCAACGGUGGCGGCCUCGGGCAAAUCCACCCCGGGGACACCACUGGCAGGAAUAGCUGGCACGGGGGUUGCAGCAGCAGCAGCAGUAGCAGCAGCGGGACAUCUCCUGCAAACCCAACCACAGCCAGGGUUCCAGUGGCCGGAAAAGAUACACGGCGCCGUGGUCAAGCAUAACGAUAUGCUGUGGAGACAGCAGACCGCCGUCCAGCAACAGCAACAACCGACCCUUCCGGGCUCCCUUUAUGGUGCCGGAAAGAACAAAGAAAGACGCUACUCGAGUGAUACGUCCUCUACGGAGACGGACUCGAUCGACUUCCGUCGCCCGGUGGCCGUUGAUUGCGUGCUCCCGCUGCCACCAAGUCCGGCUCCGUGA